UCUUCUCUCUCUACCUUUUUUUUUUUGAGUUUCAAAAUGCAUAAAUACGAGAAAGGGAGACGAAGACCCAAUUAAUGUCCAAGCACCAAUCUAGCUAGACCUCUUAGGAAAAAAAAACCUAAAAACCUAAUCCCCAAACCUAAAAAGGCUUCUCUCCUCUCUUCUUCUUUGUCUCCUCUUUGCUCUUUUUGUUUCUCUCUUCAUUGUUGUUCUUCACCAUGUCUAAUGAAACCAGAGAUCUCUACAACUACCAAUACCCUCCAUCGUUUUCCUUGCACGAAAUGAUGAAUCUGCCUACUUCAAAUCCAUCUUCUUAUGGAAACAUCAUCUCAUCACAAGUAGAUCCCUCUUCUUACUCCUUCACCGAUUGCCUCCAAAGUACUCCAGGAGCGUAUGAACCUCUAAUUCACAAAACUUUUGGUCUAUCUCCCUCUUCCUCAGAGGUUUUCAACUCUUCCAUCGAUCAAGAAUCCAACCGCGAUGUUACUAAUAAUGACGUAAUCAAUGGUGGUGCAUGCACCGAGACUACAACUAGGGUAUCUGCAUCCUCUUCCUCUAGUGAGGCUGAUCAUCCCGGUGAAGAUUCCGGUAAGAGCGGGAGGAAACGAGAGUUAAUCGGAGAUGAAGAAGAUCAAAGUUCCAAAAAAGUUGGGAAAACAAAAAAGAACGAGGUGAAGAAACAAAGAGAGCCACGAGUCUCUUUUAUGACUAAAAGUGAAGUUGAUCAUCUUGAAGAUGGUUAUAGAUGGAGAAAAUACGGCCAAAAGGCUGUUAAAAAUAGCCCUUAUCCAAGGAGUUACUAUAGAUGUACAACGCAAAGGUGCAACGUGAAGAAACGAGUGGAGAGAUCGUUUCAAGAUCCAACGGUUGUGAUUACAACUUACGAGGGUCAACACAACCAUCCAAUUCCGACUAAUCUCCGGGGAAGUUCUGCCGCGGCUGCUAUGUUCUCCGCAGACGGCCUCAUGACUCCGAGAAGCUUUGCACAUGAUAUGUUUCGGACGGCGGCUUAUACUAACGGCGGUGCUGCGGCCGCUGCCUUGGAUUAUGGAUAUGGACAAAGUGGUUAUGGUAAUGUGAAUGCAAACCCUACUUCUCAUCAAGAGUAUAAUCAUAAUGGGGGUGAUCAAUAUGAGCUGUUGAGGGAGAUUUUUCCUUCAGUUUUCUUCAAGCAAGAGCCUUGAUGGAUCAUUGUUAUAACUACAUAUAUGCACUCAUAUAUACUACUAUAUAUAUACAUAUAUAUUGAGAGAGAUAGUAUAUAUAUUGAGAGAGAGAACAAAACUUAUAUGUAUAACUUAAGAUCUUAGUUUGUCUCUCUUGUUUGCAUGUACAUAUCUUUUCAUGAGAGAAUGAGACGGAGAUUGGGUUUUGAUUAUAUUUGAUGAUGUUUGAUACUUUUUUCGCUUCGACUUUGUAAAAUUAUAUUUUCCUUUUUUGGGUAGUUUUUUUGAACAUUAUGAUAUUAUGUUGUAGUUUUUUUUCCUUGUUGUUUCUAUCAUCAUAUGUAGAAGGGAAAAGACAUAACUCUAGCUAGGAUUCUAGGAUAUUUCCUCCCAAAUGUUGAUUAUAUAUGUGUUUUUUUGGGAAA